UUUCUAGGAAAAACGAUUUACGGCCCCUUCUGCUCUCUAUGCUGUGGACCGGCUGGGGAGGGAGGCAGUGGUGACGCCUGGCAGUGCGCACAGAGAGAGAGGCUGACUUUCAGAGUCUGCAGGCAGGAAACAGCCAUUCAACAGAGCAGGGAUGUAUACACGGCGAAAUAUAAAGUAGUUAUCUCAAAGCAGAAGGGGGAGUGUCGCUGCCUGAAUCUCUAAUUCCAGGGGCCGCUGGACCAGGCUUUAGCGCAUGUAGAGAGAAGGAGGGAGGAGGAGGAGGAGGAGGAGGAGGGAGGUGCAGGGGGCAGUGAGAGAGUACGUUUCACAGGAUCCAGGCCUAGUAGUAUUGCCGCUGGGACUCUCCUCAUCCGCUUUCACAAAAUUGGAAAUUGGCACAUUUAAUGGGCAAAAUGAGCGGGUUGAGGGUCAUGUUUGCGCUGAACGACACCAGAAUGGGAGGAACCAUGCCAGCAUGAGUGGGCCUCACCCAGGCCCUGGCAGGGAGACUCAUCAGUCCGGCUGCCCUUUGACCCCCGGGCGCGACCUCUCCGCCUCCAGACACCAUGACCACAGGAUCGGGUUAAACAUGUCUGCCUCCUCCCUCAAGCAUGCAUCCAUGUAUGGGUUUACAAAAACGGAGCACUCCUCCUCUUCCUCCUCUGCAUCCUACAGUCCUCUCAGGAGGCUGCAGCAUCUCACAUCCAUGGUGAGCCAGCCGGACCUGGUGCUGCCGGUGAGGGAGCCGGAAAGGAGCUGGGAGUGGGGGGGGAAUAAGAAGGAGAGGGGGAAGGAGAUGGAGACGGACUCCUGGGCUGACUGCACGGGCGGGGAUUAUUCUGGCAGCCAGAACACAAGCAGGGAGGAAAGCUAUAGUGGCUCUUCUUCUGGACCAAAACAACCUGUGGUCCAGAGUAGAAGUCGAGACAUACCUGCAGCUCCUGACGUCUCGGAGAAAAAGACAGAAGGUCUGUUCUCAGGCCCGCCCAGCCCGGCCUUCUCUCUGGACAGCAACAGCCCCUUUGCUAACGGCUUCCUCCACUUUGAGUCCUCUUUGUUUGAGGAUGACGAUGAAGAGCAGGAGGCGGUGUCCCCUCUGGGCGGAGGCUUGGAUAAACACGACAGGCCGGAGAAUCUGCUCCCAUCCACUCCUGGAAACGUGAAUUCAGACUCCAAGGAUGCUACCCUGUCCUCAGCCAAGGCGGUGACCCGGUCCCAGUCCUCGGGUCAGCGCCGGAGAUACUGGGACGGCUCGGAUGACGAGUGGGAGAGCGGCUCCGAGCUGCUCCUGCUGGACGAUAGUCCCACAAGGCAUUCAAUGCAGAACAGCCUCAAGAAAAAGUCUGUGCCAUCUCUGAAGUUCUUAGAGGGUGAAGUUAUUUGGGCAAAGUUAAACCGAAGACCAUGGUGGCCCUGCGAGGUGACCGUUGACCCUGCACAGGGAAUCUAUCACAAAGUGAAAGAGCCCAGUGACCGGCCCAGUCGGCUUUACCAUGUCAGGACCUUUGGGGAGCCUUUGGAGCUAACCUGGGUGGAGGAAAAAUCAACUCACAGUUUCCACGGAGGCUUUGAAUUCGAUCAGCUCCCCCUACUGCGCCGGAAGGGGAAGCAAAGGGAGCAGAACUACAAAAACACUAUUGCAAAGCGUUUACAGGAGUCAUGGAAAUCCAGUGUGGCAGAAGCUGAAUUUGUUGUCCAAGCAAGACACCAAAUGUCUUCUUCCUUUCCUUCGUUCAUAGACGAUGACUUUCAAGACAGUUUCUCACCGGAGACAGAGCGCAAGGCCAAUCCAACUUUUACUCCCUCCACUUCACCGACCCUUCCUGAGACUUUCUACAUGACCAAUGGGUCCAUUUCACCCCCAAUUACAACUCCAGCAAAGCCAAGCACUUUAAAGAAAUCUUCUGGAAAGAAGCAACCAAGUAAAUCAUCAAAGGACAGUUGUAGUAAACACUCCAAAAAGUCAAAGACAUUGCGUAAUAGUCCUGACCAAUCAGAGAGAGACAAUGGAGAGUGCCCAUAUUCUGACAUUGACUCUGUCCCUAAGAUUUUGUGUCCUAAAGCACUUGAACGUCAGUCUAAGCUUACUCCAACUCAGCCACUGGUUACAAUUGUUAAAGAAGUGAAGAAGCAGCCAGAGAUUCAGACUGGUCUUUGGUUCAGUAAAUCAGGCAAAGACAGACGACCUAAAACAACCAGUUCAAAGUCGGACCGCACUCUCUUCAGUAAGGUGCCCUGUAAGAAAAAAAACUCAUUUGCAGCUAGUAAAAAGUCACUACUUCCUAGUUUCUCCACCUCCAGUGAGCAGCCGGGGUUUUCAGACAGGCAUAAGACUCCUGGUGAAAGAAAACUGUCACCUGAACAGCCAGUACAUUUGAAGUGUAAAAACACUGUGAUUGCUAACAAGCCGUUUGUAACAACCAGCAGUACCCCUUACAAGUCAAGUUUGUCAGACAACCGUAAGACUCUGGAACCGGCGGAAUCAAAUCUGACAACUGAACAGCCACAACAUUCGAAGUGUAAAAACACAUUGGUGGCUAAUACGUCUUUGGGUACAACUGCAAGUCCCACAGAGCAUUCAUGGUUUUCAGAAAAGCAUAACACUCUGGUACCUGCUGAAACAAAUCUGCAACAUAAACAGCCAGGGCAUUUUAAGUGUUUUAACACAAAGGUUGCUAAUAGGCCUUUUAGUACAUCUGUCAGUACCAAUGACCUAUCAGGGUUGUCAGACAAGCAUAGCUCACUGGUCUUUGAUAAGUUAGACGUGCCCUUUGAUAAGUGUAGAUAUUCAAAGGAUAGAAAGACAGACUGUAAUACAAUUGAACCUGUUACAGUCUUACCAUUGGAUCAAUUGGGUAGGUCACAUGUUAAAAAAAACAUAAAACCCAGCCCACUCAUUUUCAAUGAUCAAUCAAUGUUAAGUGUAAAGACAGUCAGUCAAACUCCACAUUCAGACACAAUGGCUAAUUAUAAGGUCCAUCCAAUCGACAGGAUUUCUGACCAAGCAGACGAAAAGCAUAGAAAAAAGUUUAGUGUAAAGAAAUUCAGCAAAACUCAACACUCAGACCCAAUGGCUAGUAAAACGGUCCAUGUAAAUGACAGGAUUUCUGACCAAUCAGAUGAAAAAGAAAGUGAGAAGUUGAAUGUAAAGAGAUUCAGUGAAACUCAACAUUCAGAGACAACAGCUAGCAAAAAGGUCCAUGUAAUCGACAAGAUUUCUGACCAAGCAGAAGAAAAGCCAAGAAAAAAGUUUAGUGUAAAGAAAUUCAGCAAAACUCAACACUCAGACCCAAUGGCUAGUAAAACGGUCCAAGUAAUUGACUGGAUUUCUGACCAAUCAGAAGAAAAAGAAAGUACAAAGUUGAAUGCAAAGAAAUACAGCAAAACUCAACACUCAGACCCAAUGGCUAGUAAAACGGUCCAAGUAAUUGACUGGAUUUCUGACCAAUCAGAAGAAAAAGCAAGUGAGAAGUUGAAUGUAAAGAGAUUCAGUGAAACUCAACAUUCAGAGACAACAGCUAGCAAAAAGGUCCAUGUAAUCGACAAGAUUUCUGACCAAGCAGAAGAAAAGCCAAGAAAAAAGUUGAGUGUAAAGAAAUACAGCAAAACUCAACAGUCAGACCCAAUGGCUAGUAAAACGGUCCAAGUAAUUGACUGGAUUUCUGACCAAUCAGAAGAAAAAGAAAGUACAAAGUUGAAUGCAAAGAAAGUCAGUCAAACUCAACAUUUAGACUCGGUGGCAAAUAAAAAGGCCCAUGUUGGCCUAAUUGACACGAUUUCUGACCAAGCAGAAGCAAAAGAAAGUAAAAAGUUGAGUGCAAAGAGAGUCAUUCAAACUCAACAUUCAGACACAACGGCUGGUAAAAAGGUCCAUGAAAUGGACAGGAUUUGUGAUCAAGCAAAGGAAAAAGAAAGGAAAAUGUUGAGUGGAAAUAGAGCCAGUCAAGCUCAACAUUCAGACUCAAUGGAUAAUAAAAAGGUCCAUGAAAUGGACAGGAUUUGUGACCAAGCAAAGGAAAAAAGAGGUAAAAAGUUGAGUAAAAAAGAAGCCAAUCCAACUCUACAUUCAGAACCAAUGGUUAAUAAAAAGGUCCAUGUAAUUGACAGCAUUUCUGACCAAGCAGAAGAAAAAGAAAGUAAAAGGUUGAGUAAAAAAAGAGCACGUCUAACUCAACAUUCAGACACGAUGGUUAAUAAAAAGUACACUGUAGUUGACAGAAUGUCUGACCAAUCAGAAGAAAAGGAAAGUAAAACGUUUAGUGUAAAGACAGUCAGACAAAAUCCACAUUCAGACAUGUUGGCUACUAAAAAUAUCCAUGCAAUUGACAGGGUUUCUGACCAAAGAGAAGAUAAACAAAUACAAAAGUUAAGUGUAAAGAGCUUCAGUCGAACUAAAUAUUCAGACAGAAUGUCGGAUGAAAUAAUGAAAAGAAUGUCUGACCGAUCAGAAGAAAUGAAAAUUAAGAAGUUGAGUGCAAAAAGAGUCAGUCAUACUCAACGUUCAGACUUGGUGGCUAGUCAAGAGGUCCAAGCAAUCGACAGGGUUUCGGACCAAGCAGAAAAGAAAGAAAGAAAGCAGUCGAGUGUAAAGAGAGUUAGUCAAACUGAAGAUUCAGACACAAAGACUGAUAAAAAGGUCCAAGUAAUCGACAGGGUUUCGGACCAAGCAAAAGGAAAGGAGGGUAAAAAGUUGAGUGCAACGAGAAUCAGUCAUUCCCAACAUUCAGACUUGGUGGCUAGUCAAGAGGUCCAAGCAAUUGACAGGGUUUCUGACCAAUCAGAAGAAAAAGAAAGAAAGAAGUUGAUUGUAAAGAGAGUUAGUCAAACGGAAGAUUCAGAGACACUGGCUCAUAAAAAGGUCCAAGUAAUCGACAGGGUUUCUGACCAAGCAGAAAAGAAAGAAAGAAAGCAGUUGAGUGUAAAGAGAGUUAGUCAAACUGAAUAUUCAGACACAAAGACUGAUAAAAAGGUCCAAGUAAUCGACAGGGUUUCGGACCAAGCAGAAAAGAAAGAAAGAAAGCAGUCGAGUGUAAAGAGAGUUAGUCAAACGGAAGAUUCAGACACAAAGACUGAUAAAAAGGUCCAAGCAAUUGACAGGGUUUCUGACCAAUCAGAAGGAAAGGAGGGUAAAAAGUUGAGUGCAACGAGAAUCAGUCAUUCCCAACAUUCAGACUUGGUGGCUAAUAAAAAGGUCCAAGUAAUCGACAGAGUUUCGGACCAAGCAGAAGAAAAGGAGCGUAAAAGGUUGAGUGCUAAGAAGAUCAUUCAUACUCAACAUUCAGAGACAGUGGCUAAUAACAAGGUCCAAGUAAUCGAAAGGGUUUCUGACAUGGCAGAAGAAAAUACUUCAUCAGCCAGGUUAAAUGUCGAUGCUUUUGACCCAGUAGCAAGGCUAGAAAUGCAAACAAGUCUACUCUCCAAGUGUAGGCUACCUUUUGUCAAAUUAAUACGCAAGGACAUGAAGGGUAAGAAGUUCCUUAACUCCACUGUGACCCUUAAUCCCAAUGACCAACCUGGAUGUACAAAGAAUGAAAUACCAGAUGCUGAAGUACCUGAAAUGUCCUCUAAACAAUCAGAUUGGGUGACCGGCAAGGCAAGUAUCUCCAUUGAUCGUGCAGUCAGUUCAGAAUCCAUAAAGAUCUCAGUUAAGAAGGUAAAAGCAAGUGGUGGGACAGGUAUCCUCCGUCUCUCGUCAGAAUCAUUACACGAUAAACCUAUUGUUACAUCCAAAGUGGCAAAUGUGCUUGAUGAGUUGGGUAGUCAAGAAUCGGAAAGGGUACCAGUUUUAAAUGUAAGCAACAUGACUUACUCAUUGUCAAACCAAUCAGAAGGUAGGAAGACUCUUGCAUCCAAUGAAUCAAGCAUGACCACAGACCAGUUAGGCAACUCGGAACAAAAAAUGACCUCUGCCAAUAGUACAGCUUUUGAUAAAACUCCAUCUUCUGUAAAAGCCAAGAAAGUUGUCUCCAAAUUAAAGCUGGUUUCAGAUGAAGUCAAUAAAAUCGUACUCCAUGAGCAGCCGACACACCUCCCAGCGAGCGGUCGGUUGAUGACUCGAGCCCUGAAGGCCAUGCAGGAGGUGGAAGAAAGAAAGCGAGAAAAAGUCAGAAAGAAGGCAGAGCAGAAAGAACUCUUAAAUCCAUACAAAACAACUGAGAAUGUCGCAUGCAACUCUGCAUCUAACUCCAAACUGGACUUUUGCACUGAAAUCAAAACUCGUACUGACAAUGAUUGUGAUCAGGACACUUCUAGCUGUAGCACUUCCCCUUUGACACGUCCUGAUUCAGCUGACUUUGAUGUGAAGAGUGAAGAUGAAGAUCUCUCAAUAUCCUCAACUCCUCCAAUGGACUUCAUACCCCUUACUUCUAGGGUAAAGGCAAAGAAUGAAGAUCAAUCCUCUGACAUGCAGCACUCGUCGUCUGCACCUUCCUCACCAUUUUCUUUUAUCAAUUCCUUUAAAAACGUUGAGGAGGUAUCCUUCCAGUCCCUGACAAAUGAGGGUGAAGGUAAACCCAUCUCUUUCAAAGCAGACACAAGCUACAAGUUCAGCACUUUUCUCAUGAUGUUGAAGGACUUGCAUGACACUAGAGAGCGAGAGGGGACCCCUUUAGAGCUUGACAUUGGGCCACCAAGUGCACAUGUGAAGGAGGAACCUUUAGUGAUGCCUGGGGAGGCUACAUCCGCAGGUCAAGAUCCACAAAUUAAACAGGUUAACAAUGAUUCAAAUUCAAGUCCAGACAAAGUUGAAAACAAACACAAUGAGGAGAGCACAAGUCAGACAUCCAAGAGGCCCUAUAAAAGAAGAAUCAGCUCAACUAGGGUAAAAAAGAAAGCCAACCGUGAGGUGCCUUGUCGUCCCGCCAGGUCUGGCCCUGGUUUCCCAGGACUGGAGUCAUUGCCAACCACAGACUCUUCAUCAGGACUCGAUUGCUCGUCAAGAGACAAGUCACUGUUUGGCAUAGAGACCAGCAGCUGGGAGAGGCACGCUGGAGGAGCUGAAGGAGUAGUUGGGGAGGAGGAUGAUACGUGGAGUAGAGUAAAGGAGAAUCUACAGAACAUGGUGCCUUUGGAGCAGAGGGGAUGUGACACUACGCUGUGUCUGGAACAGCCAAAUGGCCUCGUUGCAGAUGGUACUGAGACGACCACGAGCUUCAUGCGCGACACUGGAGGAAGUGACAAGGCUCCAAAAGCACACAAACGAAUAAGAAAACCAAGCAAGAGACUGAUUGAAUGGACUGAAGAGUAUGAUCAGAUUUUCUCCACCAGGAAGAAAAUCAAAAAGCCUCUCCAGUUGAUUGGAAAGGAAACUCAACCCGUUAUGUCCGAACACCCGGGAUCUGACAGCAGCUCACAGGACGACCAGCCCUCCUUGAAUUUGCCUCCUGAGAUACAGACGCCACCUCCUGAGGAAAUUCCUACAACAACACCGUCUGAACUACAAAUUCACAACACUGAAAACACAUCUUCCCAAGAUGCACCUGUACUUUCCAUCGACACACUAACCCCUCCUCCUGAAGCUGACCAUUUGCUGUCAGAAGGCCUCGUCAAAGGCAACGGAAGCGCUCCUGUGCUGGAGAGGAAGCGGAAGAGGAAACCCACUCAGAAGAUCCUGGAGUACUGUAUGGAGGCAGAGGCCUCAACGGGCCCCAAGAAAAAGGUCAAAACACUGAAGAACAAUUCAAAUCCUGCUCCUCAGUCAGAUGCUGGACCGCCAUCUUUAAAAUCAAAGAGUCGGCAGCCCACAGCCUCCAGCUCAACAGAGGUUUCCUCCAGCUCCACCACAGACCCUCCCCCCAAAUCUCCUGCCCCCUCCCCUCCAGCACCUCCGUCACCUGAACCCACGCUGGAGGAAACACCGUCAGCAGACAUUGAUGCUCCUCAAGCUGAGGACAAGAAGGAGGCGACAGAAUCAGAGGCUGAGCCGUCCUGCUUGGAUCACAGCUUCUCCUCCAUGAAUGACGACUUGUCGCUGUGUGACGAUCCUCUGUCACCCUCAAGGAAGAUCAUAGGGGACCGAGGGGGUCCUGCAUCCUUAAAGGAGAACAUAUGUCAGGUGUGUGAGAAGACGGGGGAGCUGCUGCUGUGUGAGGGUCAGUGCUGUGGAGCCUUCCACCUGGCCUGCAUCUCUCUGGCUCAGGCGCCCAAAGGGAAGUUUGUCUGUCCGGAGUGCAAAUCAGGAGUCCACACAUGCUUUGUGUGCAAAAAGCGCAGUGCUGACGUGCGGCGAUGUAUGAUUCCUGUGUGCGGGAAGUUUUAUCACGGAGAGUGUAUCGCCAACUUCGCCCCGACCGCACCUGUGAACCGAGGUUUCCGCUGCUCUAUCCACGUCUGUCUCACCUGCUUCAUCACCAACCCUAACAGCCCCUCCGUCUCCAAAGGUCGUCUGGUUCGCUGUGUGCGCUGCCCGGUAGCCUAUCAUGCGACAGACCUGUGCAUGGCCGCCGGCACCGUCGUCCUCUCCAACAACAGCAUCAUCUGUCCCAACCACUUCACCCCCCGCCGCGGAGUCAAGAACCACGAGCAUGUCAACGUCAGCUGGUGCUUCGUCUGCACCGAAGGGGGCAGUCUGCUGUGCUGCGAGUCCUGUCCCGCUGCGUUUCACCGCGAGUGUCUGAACAUGGAGAUGCCUAAAGGGAGCUGGUUCUGCAAUGACUGCAAGGCCGGGAAGAAACCUCACUACAAGGACAUCCUCUGGGUGAAGGUCGGCCGCUACAGGUGGUGGCCAGCGGAGGUCAGCCAUCCCAAAUCGAUCCCAGAGAACAUCCUGCGCAUGAGGCACGACGUCGGGGAGUUUCCGGUCCACUUCUUCGGCUCCAACGACUACCUGUGGACCUAUCAGGCGCGCGUCUUCCCGUACAUGGACGUGGACGCUAACAGCAAAGAGAAGAUGGGGAAAGGAGUGGACGCCACCUACAGGAAAGCUUUGGAGGAGGCGGCUGUUCGGUUUCGGGAGCUGCAGGCAGAGAAGGAGCUCCGGCAGCUGCAGGAGGACAGGAAGAACGACAGGAAGCCUCCGCCAUACAAACACAUCAAGGUGAACCGACCAAUAGGAAAGGUUCAGAUCUUCACGGCCGACCUAUCAGAGAUCCCGCGCUGUAACUGCAAGGCGUCAGACGAGAGUCCGUGUGGGAUGGACUCUGAGUGCAUCAACCGCAUGCUGCUCUACGAGUGUCACCCUCAGGUUUGCCCGGCGGGGGAGCGCUGCCUGAAUCAGGCGUUCAGCAAGCGUCAGUACAGCCAGGUGGAGAUCUUCAGGACGCUGUCCCGAGGGUGGGGGCUGCGCUGCGUCCACGACAUCAAGAAGGGUCACUUUGUGAGUGAGUACGUCGGGGAGGUGAUCGACGAGGAGGAGUGCCGGUCCAGGAUCAGACAGGCUCAGGAGACCGACAUCUGUAACUUCUACAUGCUGACUCUGGACAAGGAUCGAAUCAUCGACGCCGGUCCGAAGGGGAACGAGGCUCGCUUCAUGAACCACUGCUGUCAGCCCAACUGUGAGACGCAGAAGUGGACGGUGAGCGGAGACACCAGGGUGGGGCUGUUCGCUCUCAUCGACGUCGCUGCAGGCACAGAGCUCACCUUCAACUACAACCUGGAGUGUUUGGGGAACGGGAAGACAGUCUGUAAAUGUGGAGCUCCAAACUGCAGCGGCUUCCUGGGGGUCAGGCCAAAGAACAACCCUCCAUCUGACGAUAAAGGGCGUAAGAUGAAGAGGAGGGGUAAGAGGAAGAAGGUGCUGGUGACCAAAGAGCGGGAGGACGAGUGUUUCAGCUGCGGAGACGGAGGACAGAUGGUCUCCUGUAAGAGGCCCGGCUGCCCCAAGGUUUACCACGCAGACUGCCUGAACCUCACCAAGAGGCCCGCAGGUCGCUGGGAGUGUCCGUGGCAUCAGUGUGAUGUCUGCUGUACGGAGGCGGCCUCGUUCUGCGAGAUGUGCCCCAGCUCGUUCUGCAACCUGCACCGCGACGGCCUGCUCUUCAUCUCCAAGCUGGACGGGAAGCUGUGCUGCAGCGAGCACGACCCCUGUGGUUCGGACCCCCUGGAGCCGGGGGAGAUCAGAGAGUACAGCCCCCCUCCCAGAGCCCUGACCUCCGGGCUGGGCAUGGCCGUCAUCCCCUCCUCCGGCCCAAACACCUCUAGAACCACCGGACAGAACCAGAACUCCAGGAAGGUGCGAGAGGUCGUCGAAGCUGAGACACUUCCUGCUUUCUCCAUCCCAGUUGCCAUCACUAUCCCCGUCCCGCCCGGCUCCUCGUCUCCUCCCAGCAGCCCUCCAGUGUACGACCUCCCUCACUACUCGCCCAUAUCCUCGUAUGAAGAGGAGAGAGACGUAGAAGAGGAAGAGGAAGAGGAGGAGCUUCUGGAUGAAGUGGAGGAGGAGGAGGAGUCGGAGUCGGAAGAAGAAGAAGGUGAGGAGACGAGCCAGAAAUCAGAUCCUCAUGAAGAGGAUGGAGAGGCAGUGAUGGAGUGCGUGGAGAUCAAAGAGGAUGAAGAUGAAGAAGAGGAGGAGGAUGAGGAGGAGGAGGAAGAGGAGGAGGAAGAGGAGGAAGAGGAGGGGGAGGAGGAGGAGGAGGAAGAGGAGUGACGCAUGUUGGAUUAUUACAUCUGCAGGCGAGAGCCCUCAGCAAAUGAAGAUUUCCCGACCACACGUAGCCCGGUCUGUCACUGUUUGUAUCUGAUGAGCUUGUGGACAUAUGGAGGAACAUUUUAGGACAAAAAUAAAUCAACACAUAAAAUAAAUAAGAAUAAAAUACUGUACAGAACCAUAUUUAUACACAGCAGAUAUUAUUUAUUUAGUUUUGUCCUCACAAUCCUAACACUCUUGACGCAGUGACUUUGCACACACUGGCGCAGACUGCACCUUCAAACUCGAGAUCUGACAAAGAAAAUCAUCUGGGACUUCUCCAUGAAAAUGACUUUGUAAACAUAUUUCUCACCGAUUUCUCCUGCCGGUUUGUUUUAGUAUUUGCAGUAUUGCAAGAAGCUUCAUGUAGUUGGAGAGUCGUUGUAUCUGCAGAGUGUACUGUAGGUGUUUCGUGCUAGAAAAGACUGCAUCUUCAGUCCAUGUUAUUAACCUUGACUUGGUUGCAUUUGAAUCAAAUGGUGACCACGUGUUUGAAAGACCCAGAAACACAUUACAUGUUCUCUUAAUAACUCAAUUAUCUGCUAUCAGCACAGCUUCAACUGGACUAAGAAUGAAUUCCUUGGAAGUUUUAAAAUAUCAGUUUAACAUGAUUUCACUCCCCUGCGUAUUUCCUACGGUGCUUCACAGUCAGACGAUCUACGAUAAUAUGUGAAAGUGCCACAUGAUGGGCUGCCUGGUGUAGCUUCAAGAUGAAAUCCACGACGCGAACAAGAGGCUUUUGCUGGUUUUAGACCGAAGCUGGCAGCGGCAAGCAUCAACAUUUGACCAUUUCAUGCCAAAAAAAACUGCUGAGGAGUCAGUGUGACUGAGAAUAGUCCUCGUGCUUCAGAGAAAGUGUUUAUAAACCGUCACAGGACGCUAACGCUGUCUCGUAGGUUAUUUAGCAGCUCUACAAGGAGACAUAGCAGAGAUAGCACUAUGUGUGUAUGCUGUGCUCUGUAGUCAUUAUUUAUGAACUGUUCUGUGAUGAAGAUGAGGAGAUCCAUCGAGGGGAAUCAAAGGUCUUCAAUGGGACGUUUAAACAGACUCCCACCAUGACGCUUGCACUUGUUUUUUUGCCAUGCGUGUUUUCGCUCUGUCUUCAAGCUUAAUAUGGUCUGUGUGUUAUCUGCCAAUGCCUUAGAGUGUAUUUCUUUGGAGAUAUUUUGAAGGAAUGGUUUCCCUACUUAUGCCUUUUUACAGUUUCCCGAAAGCAAUGUUUCAUUCCUGUGUAAUUAUGACCUGUUAGAUCUCAACCAUUAAAAUGACUGCUAUAUAUAUAAAUAUAUAUGGAAAAGAAAAUAUGAAAUAAGCUUCGUACUGGCCUC